ACGACUAUUACACGACUGAAAGCUUGUUCGUCUAGAGACUCGAGAGAGAAGGAGGAAAUGGAGGGUGAAUUAGAGGACCUGGAGAAGAUUCAAAUCAAAAUCCUAAAUAGAAUAACACAACUGGAAAUAUCCCAUUUUCCAUCUCAAUUCUCCUCCGAUGUUUCUCUUUCACCAUCAAAUCAAGAAACUGAAAGCCAGGGCACAACUCAAUCACGCCUCUCUUCGAUUCUCCGCAGUAACGGCGUUACAGAUUUUUUGUUCAAGACAGUCCCAUCUGAUUAUUAUGAUAGACCUUUUGAAUUUAGAAGAGAACUUCUUAAUGCCGCAUCUGUCCAUCAUCUUUGCAAGAGCAUAGUCCUGGUGAACACGCAGGCGCCUGCUAGUGUAAUUGAUUGUAGUGAUCGUAACAAUUCAAAGUACUAUGUGGUUGUCGUUCAGUAUACUGCUAGAUUCAAUGCUGAUUCUGUGAAGAAUUUUCUGUACACGCUCAAUGAUGGCAAGAUACCUAAAAAGAGAUUCAACUUGAGGCUUGCACCUGAGUUGGAGUCUUUGAAAUUGACUGGAUACGAGCACAAUGGGGUGACAUGUGUUGGCAUGAAAACAGACAUUCCGGUGAUUUUGGAUGAGGCAAUCACAAGGCUAGAUCCGGAUUUCUUUUGGUUAGGAGGUGGAGAAAUCGAGCUUAAGCUAGGGAUUAAGACCUCUGAAUUCAUUAACUAUGUUAAACCUUUUGUAGUCAACUGUAGCAGUAGCUCUUAGCAAAUAGAAUAUAAAAUUAUUGCUAUUGAAAUAGAACGGUCUGCAUGAUAUCCCAUCUAAUUAACAUCAAUUAGCCAAUUUUACUUGCUUCUCAUUAAUGCUAAGUUUCAGGCUGGGAAUAUAUGUUAUUCUUAAAGUUAUUUUAUUCGAUAUUGAUGGAGAUUUUCCCCUUGCAUGUAUGUUGAACUUGCGUGCAUUUGUUUUGUUUUCAGACUCAUGUACA